GCCGGAAGUGAGGUGCCCUCGGGUUCGAGGCAGCUGCGGCGUUUAAAGCUGAGCGGCUUGGUGCCGCUCCUGACGGCCUGCUCCUGCGUUCGGGCUGUAGCCCGGGCUGGGAGUGGGCCCUCAGCACCCCGGCGGCCCAGACAAGAGAGCUGAGUCGCCCCGCCAAGUGUCCGGACACGGCGAGGCACGGAGGGCCGCCGGAAACCCCGCCCUUAGGAGGGACCGGGCGGCCUGGCCUCGCUGGAAGGAACCCGAAGGGCCCGCCCCAGGGCGGGGACCCGCGGCCAUGGACACGCCUCUGGGAGCCGGCCCCGCCACUCUGCGCUUCGCUGCGGCAGCCAGCUGGCAAGUUGUGCGCGGACGCCGCGUAGAGCACUUUCCGCGAGUGCUGGAGUUUCUUCGGACCCUGCGCGCGGCCGCCCCGGGUUUGGUUCGCUACCUGCACCAUGCACGCCUGUGUAUAGGCCUAAAAGCUAAGGUGGUGGUGGAACUGAUCCUGCAGGGCCGGCCGUGGGAGCAGGUCCUGGACGCCCUGAACGACCACUUCCCAGAGUCCGGACCUGUAGUGAGGGACCCCAAAGCUACAAAGCAAGAUUUGAGGAAGAUUUUGGAGGCACAGGAAACUUUUUGCCAGCAGGUGAAGCAACUGUCAGAGGCCCCCGGGGAUUUGGCCUCCAAGCUGCAGGAACUUGCACAGGAGUAUGGGGAACCCUUUCUGGUGGCCAUGGAAAAGCUGUUUUUUGAGUACUUGUGUCAGCUGGAAAAGGCACUGCCUCCACUGCAGGCGCAGCAGCUUCAGAAUAUACUGAGUUGGCUGCAGCCUGGAAUUGCUGUCACUUCCUGUCUUGCCUUGCGCCAAUACAGUGAGGACAUGGGGUGGACACUUUCAGAGUGUUCUGUCGACUCCCUGAACCUGACAGAGCCCAUGGAGCAGAACCCUCCUCAGCAACCAAGACGAGCACUCCACGCUCCUCUACCAAAAGCCAAGCCUGGUCCAUGCCUUCCUCAAGGACCAGUGUCGAGGAAGCACCCAGAACCUUUAGCGGGCCAUCAUUUCAAUCUGGCCCCUCUAGGGCGGCGAAGAAUCCAGUCCCGAUGGGCAUCUGCCAGGGGAGGCCAUAAGGAGCGCCCCACUGUCAUGCUGUUUCCAUUUAGGAACCUGGGCUCAGCAACCCAGGUCGGAUCUAAGCCUGGAAACAGGGAAGAAUGUGGGGUACUCACGGAAGAGCCAGCAGGUGCCACGGGCUCAGGAACAGCUUCCAAUGGGAAGUCUAAGAGUCCUUCCCACACACUGGGGAAAAGGUCUCUGAAGGAGAACCCAGACGACUUUCCUGGCUCAGAGCAAAAGGAGAAUUGCCUGGACUGCUACAGAGACCCCCUGAGACUAGCAUUAUCACCACCUAGGGCCAGGAAGCCAGUGUGUCCUCCAUCUGUGUGCAGCUCCGUCAUUACCAUAGGGGACUUGGUUUUGGACUCCGAUGAGGAAGAAAAUAGCCAGAAAGAAAGACAGGAGUCUCUGGAACACUAUCAGAAGACAAAGUUUGACACCUUGAUCCCCACCUUCUGUGAAUACUUCCCCUCUUGUGGCCCCAGUGCCAUGCCUGCCCCUCCCUCUGAUGCGUAGACAGCUCCAGACCCCAUGAUAGCACUGAGAUGUUCUCUGUACUCUGUCCAUUUCCUGCCUCCUCAGGCCUGCAAGCCACUUAGUGGGAAUGAAGUAGAAGCCUGGGUUCAGGUAACCCAACUACAUUGCUAAAAAAUACUGUGUCCUGCUUGAUCAUUAAACUUUGGAUUUAUUGGAACAUCGUCUGGAUGAGGGGGAGGGGAAUAAGCCAGCAUAGGGUCAUUGCUUAGAAACAUAACCAGAUUCUCCAGAGCUGGAACAAUCUCUUUGCUUUUUACUUCCCUGGGAAGUGUUCAGAUGUGUCCAGAAGAGCCCUUCUCGACCAUGGUUGAGAGCCCAGAAGAAAUGUCCUUUUGCUGUUCUGAAAAAUAUAUAUACGUCCUAACGCCAGAGUGUACUUUGUAAAUUGCCACUGCUGCCAGGUUAUCCGGAGGUGGCACUGGAAUGGAGAUAACAGUGCUCCUUGUCC